GAAAUGUCUGUCUGCAAUAAGCUCAUCAGGCCACUGGGGGGCGCCACAUCUUGAUUAGCUCUCACAAUGAAAUUUAUAAGCCAGUCCGUCUGGUAUUUUUAGAACACUCUUUAAACACAUUUAAUAGUGUUUAUUAUAUAUGCUACACACGCAUACACAUGUGUGUAGCAUAUACAGACCCUGCAGAAAAUAGGACGUUGGACCACUGGCCAACAUUCCAGUCCAUCUCUUUGGCCCAGUUGAGACGCCUCCUCCUUUAGCCCAGGCUCAGAAGUGGCUUUACCCAAAGGAGCUGAGUUGUAGCCCAUCUCCUGAAUGCGUCUGUAUGUGACGGUUUUUAAAAGCAUUCAUGCUCUUCAAACUUUGGCCAGAUUUCUCCACAGUAUUCUGAUUUUCUGAAGUCCUGCUUUUGUGGGUUUUAUAAGCUGGAACCACAAUUUUUGAAUGAAAUCAUGGAAAUGUGUUUACAUUUUUUAUUGGUUUUCCAACAUUUUGAAUAGGGUCUGUGUGCCACAAUUAGAAUUGUGGUCUAAAAAAACAAAAGAUGAAAUGCCAGAUAAGCCAUCGGGAUCUGCCUACAAUUAUCCAUGUCAAUCUAAAUAUACAUGCCAAGUUUUACGUGGUGAAUGCAGUGACCUCUUUAACAGACAGACAGUAGGAUUCUUGUACAGCGUCCAUCAGGUUCGCAGGAUACAGAAACGCUGUUUCUAUUACAAAUCUCUGUCCAUGGUGCUGGAAUCCCGUGUUUGUUUUUUCUUUUCUUUUAAUGCUUUGACGUGGUUUCUUUCUUCGGGCUUCGGUAUUAAAGGUUUUUCUCCUUUUUCGCCACUGAUUAAUCAAAGUUUUUCCUUUUGUACAUUCCCUGCUGGGCGUUGACGUGCAGCUUCCUCCAAUCAGCUGUCUCCCUGUCUCAGUCGAACGAUGUUCUCGCGUGUUCUGGUCCCGACGGCUUGUUUUCAUGGUUUUGCAGCAGCAGCUGCUGCCGCUGCCGCUUGAAGUCUCCGUCUGAAACACUGGACUGCGCGCCUGCAUCGACCUAUGCGGAUACAUUUCCUUUCUGAUGCGUUUCUCUGGGAGCCCCGCGCUGCCACGCACCCCCGUGGUUUUGCAGAAAGAGGCAGCCAACCGGCCUCUUUCUCCGUCAAUUCAACGGCGUCACACAUCCUGCUCAGAAACACUUUAACGCCUCUCAUGAAAAUAUGUUUUUGGGGAUGCUGCAGCCUGCAGGAUUGGAGCCAGCUAAAAACAACAACAUGGACACUUUACUAACGCUUAAAAGCCUCAUUUCUUAAUUUUUUGUAGUUGAUAUCAAUCUAAAGACUCCAGCAUGGAUGAUCAUGAGAGUAACCUCUCUGGACAAAUACAGACUGUUGAGAGGAGCGUGUUGUUCCUCAGACAGGAACAUCUCUCCAUGCUCCAUGGCCUUCACCUGGAGAUCCUGUCUUUGCAGAAACGAUGCACAGAGCUAACAAGCGAUUUGAAGCUAAAGCCACCAGGCAGGAGCCAGAUAGAAUUGCUAGAGGAAGAGGAGAUCCUGGACGCCCGAUGUUGUGACUUGAAAAACCGACUGACAGAGAAGGAGUGUGCUUUAGCAGAACUUCGAAAGGAGCUGAGUACGAAAGGGUCUUUAGUUGGAGCGCUUAGAGCCAACCUCAAGGAAAAGGAGCGCCACUUUCUGGAGGAGCUUAAACACCGCAGCCAUUGUUCAACUGUCCUCAACAGAGAGCUACAGAAGCAAACAGAGGCAGCAGCGUACCUCUCCUUCCAGCUGCACGCUGCCAGACAGAAACUGCACCAGCAGCGGCUGCAGCAAAGGCAAGGACUCCUCGCAAAAGCCAGCAGCCAGGGGGCGCAGCAUGCUGCAGAGCAGAACUCCACGUCUCCUGUAUCGGCAUGCUCUCCUCCCGUGGUCAAACCCAAGCGUAAGAGCACCAAGCUGUCUUCCAGAGUGCAGCGUGCUCGGGAGUGCGUUCCCAUGGAGAAAGUUUUGGGCCCUGCAGAGCCCACGGCCAUGCCGGACCCGGCUCUCUUCCUCCACCCCCACAGGCACAGAGCACGCUCCAGGCUCACCUUGGCACAAAGACGGGAUGAGGAUGAGGAGAAAGGUGGAGGGGAGAGGCUGGUGGGGCCCCAUGAUGAAGCCGGCAGGCUGGUGUCCUCAGCAGCUGCGUCCUCUGCUGCUCAGACAAACGCAGAUUAGUGAAAAGUGCCGCUGCGUACUUCUGUCAAACUGUUGGUAAUUGUUGAUUUGCACCUUGACUGGAUUGAGACUGACUGGUUUUAGCUAUUAUGAUAUAUACACUAACCAUAGAUACUUUUUUAACAUGUACUUUAAUAUAACCUCAAGUAACUUGUAAAGGAAACAUUAGUUUUAGAAAGAAGUUAGAUGAUUUGUUUACUCUGCUGUUAAAUGCUGUGUACACUGGGGAGCCUUAUUUCAACGUAGCCUCUGAUAGAUUUACAACAAACCACAGGUAGACAGUCGUAGCUGACAAUAAAAGUGAACUACAGUCCUGUUGUGGGACCCAAUCAACUGUGAACUGUCAAGAUCCCCUCAUGUGACAAACACUUGUCCUUCUGAGCCCCACAUCUCUAUAGAUAUAUAUAUAUUCCAGGCUGGAGUACGUUUUAAAGAAGAAGACUGUACGUAAAAUGGUACGCAAAUAGCAGCUUGAGAAGAAUGCCUCUUGCAUUGUGGCAUCCUGCAUUAGUAAUGAGUUCAAAUGUGCACUUAGGACCUCGUUUCCCAAAAACCCAGGAAAUGUUUGGCAAGUAAUCUAUUUCAAAUCACUUCCAAAAUAUGCUAAAAUAGUGCAAAACCAGAAUAUUUAAUGCUGAGUACAUCAGGGAGGGUUUCUUAUGUAAUUGUUUUGCAGCUGAGAAGCUCAUCCUUGGUGUUUUUAAAUACACUCCCUGUUGUAGCUUUCAGCUGCUAAACCAUUUUCCCUUUUGUUUUUCCAUACAAGUGUUUCAGGAGGGGGGUAGCAGACAGCAGGACGUCCUGCUGUUUGGAUCUCAUUCUUAAUUAUCCCGGGUGUUGGCUCCUUUUUGCCUGGAGGAUAAGUUAUCAACUAUAUACUAUUUUCUUUUAAUAUACAACCUAUACACACCAGACUAAACAGAGCUGCUCGUCGGUUCUGUUAGUUUCUCAGUCUUCCCUGGCUAUUUUAGUCUUUCAAAUAAAUUGUAACAUAGAUCACAAAUACUUUUAAUUCCCAAAUGAGGGGAAAAUGUGCACAUUGCUGAAUUUUACACUGCGUCCAUACAUUUUUUUUUUUUGUAAUGGCAUCACUUGAACCCCUUCAAAGAAAGAAAAAGUUUUUUUGUCUGGGGACUUUAUAUUUUUAAUUCAACGUGAGCUUUUAUUUGAUCCCCAGGUCACAAAUACAUGAAAGAAAUCAGUUUUAUUGUAAAGAAACAUAUAUUUUGCAUACUUAAUUUAUUCAGUGGAUGAACUAAUUACAUUAAUACAAUGAUUCCAUUAAAUAAUUGGAUAUAAAUAAAUCUGUUCAAAAAUCAGACUACAUUUGCACCGCAGUGCCUGUGUCAGGUGGAGAAGUUAGAUAAGCGGGUGAAGGUCGAGUGGAAAACAACACACAGAAAAAUAUAUGCAUGUAUGAAUAUACAUACGUUUAUAGAGGUGUUGUGCACUUUUUUCUAAAUUUUGCAGGGGGACUCUUGCUUUGCAGCUUUCCAAAUUCAGGUCAUAAUCGAUUCUGACUUGUUGCACCAUGUGAUUUACUCAGGUGUGGUUUGUGUACUGAACACACAGACAAGAGCUUCUUCACCAGGUGUUGAGCUUUCUUUUCACCUCAGGAACAAACAAAACGAGUCUCUUUUUGUGUCUCUGAAGGCACGGAGCACAGAGAGAUGUAAGGCGGGGCCUGUGUUCUCAACCAUUUUUGGAAACUUUCUCUGAACUAAAACACACAAAGGCACUGCUUGUAUUGACAAGAGGGAACAGUGAGCAUAAAGACUGAGAUUGUUAAGUGUUGUUAGGAAAAAUGUGCAGAUGGUGCCCCCUGGUGUUGAAGAAAUACAAGAAAAAAGAAAAAAAAUGACUCGAAAUACUGUAUGUGCAAUAGCUGGCAUCAAUAACCCCCCAUCCGCUGCUGACCCACUGUAAUUACUGCCUUAUAAGAUGAACUGAGUGUACCUGGAUACUUUUUAGGGCAGUGUCGAAACUCCUUUCACUCAAAUACUUAUAAGAAAAAAUGAUGAUGAAUUUGCUGAUCAAAAUUUUGGGGUUGAAGUUUUUCACAGUCCAUUCAAAGUCUUUGUCUUUGACACAAGCCUUUUUGUAGAAGUUUUUCUCUCAACUGCGUAUUUGAGGUUUAACGUUGUUAAUAUAUUGUCAAUAUAGCAAUGUGGAUCUGUGGCUUAAAUCAGUUUUUUUUUCACUCAUAAUGAUCUGUUUCAUUUUACAUGUACACAACAUUAUUCUUUUCAAAUGCAUCUAAAAGUUAAUCUAAUUUAAAAAAUAAAAAACACUAAAUGAAGAGCAGUUUUAUUAUGUAACAUUAGGUUAUUGUUUUUUAUUUUUACGAGUAGAACUUUUUCUGUUUUCAGAAAAUACUGAGCCAUUGAGGGUUUUCCAUCGCUCUUCCAGGUUUUUAGCAAGAUAGGAUCUGAGACUCAACCACUGCAAUUUUACCUUUGUGUUCAUGUAACACAUUUUUAAAAGGUCAAUCUAAAAGUUGAGUUCUGAUUGCUUCUUUGUUCACUUUUCAAAGAUCUCUUUUGUUUUUGCUCCCUGUUUCUCUCACCAUACUUUAUAUCAGUUUGUGCUUCCACAUCUAUGGUACUGUAUUGAUCAGGACUGUUUUUUUUAAAGAUGUCAGCUUUGCCAGCUAUUUCUGUUCAUCUUGCUCUGUUCAGCCAUGCCCAGGUCAGCAUGUGGUUUUUGUAAAGGAACCCAUCCCCUGAAAAACUCUGUGUGGGCCCAAAAUACGUCAUUUUGAGCAAUAAUUGAAUAAAGUACCCAGUAUGAAAUACAUAUUGCUGAGACGCUGUGAGAUGUUUGUCCAUGAUUGAGCAGAAGAAGUAAACCUGUAAGAGUAUAAACUG